AUGGAGGACGGAGGCUCCCCCGAGAGCCCAGCUGUGUGGACCGCCUCCAAGCCCAGCGAGUCCCUGUCCUCGGCCCACAGACACCUGAGCAGAAGGAAUGGGCUUUCGAAGCUCUGCCAGAGCAGGAUGGGCCUCUCCGAAGACAGAUGGAAUUCCUACUGUUUGUCGUCACUGGCUGCCCAGAACAUCUGCACCAGCAAACUGCACUGCCUGGUGCCGCCAGAGCGGCCGGAACUGCCCCAGCCCCUGGGCAGCGUGUCCUGCUGCUCCCUGCUGCGGGGCUUGUCCUCAGGAUGGUCCACGCCCCUGCUCCCGACCCCUGUGUGCAACCCGAACAAGGCCGUGUUCACUGUGGACGCCACGACCACGGAGAUCCUGGUUGCCAACGACAAGGCUUGCCAGCUCCUGGGGCACAGCAGCCAUGACCUGAUCGGCCAGAAGCUCACGCAGUUCUUCCUGAAGCCCGAUUCCGACGUGGUGAAGGCCCUCAGCGAAGAGCACGUGGAGGCCGAUGGCCAUGCCGCUGUCGUGUUCGGCACAGUGGUAGACGUGGUGAGCCGCAGCGGGGAGAAGACCCCGGUUUCCGUGUGGAUGAAGAGGGUGAGGCAGGAGCGCAGCCGCGUGGUCGUGCUGGAACCUGUGGAGCGGGUGUCCGCCUGGGUCGCUUUCCGGGGCGAUGGAACCAUAACGUCCUGUGACAGCCUGUUUGCUCUCCUGCAUGGGUACGGGUCUGGGGAGGAGGCGCUCGGGCAGCACAUCGCAGACCUGAUCCCUUCUGUGCAGCUCCCUCCCCCCGGCGAGCCUGUCCCACAGAAUCUCAAGAUUCAGAGGUCUGUUGGGAGAGCCAAGGAUGGUACCACCUUCCCCCUGAGCUUAAAACUGAAAUCUGAGUCCAGUAGCGAGGUGGUGGAAGACAGCAGUGCAGUCCCCGAGCUGGGUUACUCGGCAUCCAUCUGGGUGUUCUCCACCAUCAGCGGCCUCAUCACCCUCCUGCCCGACGGGACCAUCUACGGCAUCAACCACAGCUUUGCACUGAUGCUGUUCGGUUACGGGAAGACGGAGCUCCUGGGCAAGAAUAUCACUUUCCUGAUUCCCGGCUUCUACCACUACAUGGGCCUUGCGUGUGACACUUCUUUACCGCUGCCAGACCUGGCCGACUGCUUGGACACUGGCAACCAGAGUGAGCCUGGGGAGACAAGUGUGGGCCCCCGGCAGAGCUGGAACCCGGCCGGCUCGGCCGCGGAUCCAAGGGCUAACGGCGCGCUUGCUGGAGACCACGUUCUGCCACGAGGGGAGAGCCUGGAGCCAGUGGGAAGCCAAGAAGCCUUCGCUGGGACCCAGGCCCAAGCAGACCCUGGAGGUGGCCUCCCUUCCUCCCUCCCGCGUCUGCCCUCUCCCGGGUAAGGAGACAUCCCGGAAGGAAGUGCACCAGCCCAUAGCCAGCAGUCAUCAGCCGAGGACCAGCCGAAUACUCUCUUGGAGAAAGAGGAACCUGCAGCCCCAGAAAGCCUCAGACAGGACCUUGUGGGAAGAAGCGGGUCUCACCCAGUGGACACAUGGAUGUCUGCUUCCCGUGAAGGAUCUGAGGACAGGAGCAGGCACGCUGAAAUGUGUAGCCUGCCUGAGGCACAGUUGGAGUGGACGAGCUCGAGCAGUGCCCGCAAUUCGAACCAUCAGGCUGAGACCAUCAUGCCCGAGCCCCAUGCCACAGGCCAGCUGGCAGGGGAGGGUCUCCUGAUACCCUGCCCUGGAUAUGGGGGUGAGCAGAGCAUGCAGUCAGGAAGCCCCCCCAGGACAGCGCGACUCCCGUUCUCGAUGCCUGCGCUGGAUGAGCCGUGGAUGGCCGUGGAGAAUGACCGCGAGGAGCUACAGACUUGCUUAAUUAAGGAGCAGCUGUCCAAAUUGAGCCUCGUGGAACCACUGGGUCUCUCUUACACCAAGCUGGCCCCAGCAGAGCGCCCCCAGUUCUCUGCCCCUGUGUCCUUGUGCGACCCAGGAAGCAGGGGCCUGUGCAGCCGAGUAGGCAGCUCCUCGGCCUACUAUGCUCUGGCCACAGACCUCCCUGGUGUGCUGGAUGCAGUGCAGGCCCAGGAGGCUGAUGGGAAUUCAUUUUCCUGGAACCUCAAGGAGCUCUUUUACAGUGAAUGGACAGAUCAAACUUCCUCCAACUGUUCCUGCACCGCGUCUGAGCUUGUGGGGACGCCGUCUCCUUCGCCGGCAGGCUCUGAUGUAGACAUGAGUGGUCUGCACCGGCGGAGAUCAGAUGUUCUGGAUGACCGAGAACUAUUGCUCCUGACUGGCACUUACUUCGAUCUUGGGGAGGCUCGGCAGUUUCGCAAGAGCCGUCUGGGGCCCGAUCAAGUAGAGCCCUCCAAGAUGUGUCUGGUGUCCUCAGAAUACUAUGAAGUGAGUGGCAGAGAGAGCCCAGCCUGUGUCCUUCCCACGCUGGGGGCUGGCCCUGCAGAUGUGUGCCCAUCAGAGGAGCCCAGGCUGAGUUUCCAGGUCACCUCCACACCUGUGAGAGGGGACAGCCCGGCAACAUCUGGGGGCACCUGCGUGCAGCAGGAGAUCCAGGAGGGGACCUACACCGGCAGCUGCUACCACCGGGAUGGAGCCCAGCUGAGUGUGCAGUUUGAGGUGAAGCGGGUGGAGCUGCAAGGUUCCGCGACCCUGUUCUGCUGCUGGCUCGUGAAGGACCUGCUGCACAGUGGCCGGGACUCGGCCACACGCACCCGUCUGCUCCUGGCCAGCCUGCCCAGCUCCAGCCACUCCGUGUGCGAGCUUUCCGGACCCAGCAUGGGGGAGAUGCUCAGAAGCAAGCCCUGGUGCGAGGAGCCCCCCAAGGCUGUGGAGCUGGAGGUGCCGGCAGCCUGGGAGGGCGCGUACUCCCACAAGUACAGCACGCUGAGCCCCCUGGGCAGUGGGGCCUUUGGCUUCGUCUGGACUGCGGUGGACAAGGAGGCCAACAAGGAGGUGGUGGUGAAGUUUAUUAAGAAGGAGAAGGUUUUGGAAGAUUGUUGGAUCGAGGAUCCCAAACUUGGAAAAGUUACUUUAGAGAUUGCAAUUCUGUCCAGGAUGGACCACGCCAAUAUCAUCAAGGUGUUGGACGUGUUUGAAAACCAAGGAUUCUUUCAGCUUGUGAUGGAGAAGCACGGCUCCGGCCUGGACCUCUUUGCAUUCAUUGACCGCCAUCCCAGCCUUGACGAGCCCCUGGCAAGUUACAUCUUCCGACAACUGGUAGUGGCGGUGGGGUACUUGCGCUCGAAGAGCAUCAUCCACCGGGACAUCAAGGACGAGAACAUCGUGAUCGCGGAGGACUUCACCAUCAAGCUGAUCGACUUCGGCUCCGCCGCCUACUUGGAGAAGGGCAGGCUGUUUCAUACGUUCUGUGGGACGAUCGAGUACUGCGCACCCGAAGUCCUCAUGGGAAACCCGUACAGGGGGCCAGAGCUGGAGAUGUGGUCGCUGGGGGUCACGCUGUACACGCUGAUCUUUGAGGAGAACCCCUUCUGCGAGCUGGAGGAGACCAUGGAGGCCGUGAUCCACCCUCCGGACCUGGUGUCGGAAGAUCUCAUGAACCUCAUGUCUGGGCUGCUGCAGCCUGUCCCCGAGCAGCGCACCACCCUGGAGAAGCUGGUGACAGACCCCUGGGUGACACAGCCCGUGAAUCUUGCUAACUACACCUGGGAUGAGGUGUGUCGCAUGAACAAGCCAGGGAAACUAAAGACGGUGCUUCUCUGUUGCCCUCAAAUCCUCACCAUGCAUCAGAGGGACAUUGACAGCAUUGUUGGUGUUCUCAAGGAGAAAUGUCUUUUCACGGUACAACAGGUGACCAGGAUUUUGCACAGAUGCCCCUAUGUUCUUCAGGAGGACCCCGGUGAACUGGAAUACAAAUUCCAGUAUGCCUAUUUUAGGAUGGGGGUUAAACACGCGGACGUGGUGCGGACUGACUUCCUGCAGUACUCCAUGACCAAGAUCAAGCAGAGACAUGUGUUCCUCGAGCGCCUAGGACGGUACCAAACCCCCGAUAAGAAGGGUCAGACACAGGUCCCCAAUCCUUUACUUAAGGACAUUCUCAGAGUCUCAGAAGCUGAGUUUCUGGCCAGGACAGCCUGUUCGUCCGCUGAGGAGUUUGAAGUUUUCAAGAAGCUCUUUGCUCGGGAGGAGGAAGAGGGGUCUGAGAGCCACAUGCCUGACAACAAAAGCUUAAGUCUGGACAAGGAUGAGGACGAGGACGAGGAGGACGAGGAGGAGGAUGAGAAUGAGGAGGAGGAGGAGUGACGGAAGGACCAGAAUGAAGAGCCCAAAGAGACCGUGGAAGAAUCCUGUCAGGCAGCAGCUCCCACUUGGAGUGAUCUUGACCCCAGGGAACAUCCAGCAACAUAUGAGGACAUUUUUGGUUCUUAGGACCGAGGGGGGGCGCCGUGGGGAUCCAGCGGCUGGAGGCUGGGCUGCCGUGAGCCAUCCUGCGGUGCACAGGAUGGCCUCAAGCAGAACAAUGCAGCCUGAAUUGUCACCAGUGCGGAGGCUGAGGAACUUCCCGAAGGCUUCGAUUCACGAGAACGAGAACGUCAGGUUGGAAGCAGGCCUGCAUUGCUUAUGUUUCUUUUAUUUAAAAGGAAGUAAAUAGCUGAGUUUUUAAGUUCCUUUCCUGUGUGCACUGAAGUGCUGCUGGUAGGUUUGAGCUGUGUUUGCUGUGGGGACUCAGCAGUGAGGUGCAGAUGCUUUUGUUUCCCCUGGGCUCAUGUUUGAGCAUGACAGUAAAGAGAAAGACAUUUUCUGCAAAAGAAAAGUAGCUCAGUGAAUCCCUGUGCAUCGGAGUGAGAUGUCCAGCGGGAGGAGUCCCGGCUGAGGGAGGUGCCUGUUGGAUUUGCUGGUGGGAGGGCGGUGGGGUUGGCGCAGGUCUCCUCCUCCGCCUCUGUGUCAGCCCACAUGCAAUGGGAAGGAAGGCUUUGUCUUUACUGGUUUUUUGGCCGUGGGCAAAAUAAUUGAAAACGAAGGCAUUUCACUCCUCCAUUUACUCUUCCAUUUUGCGUCCCAGGUGACUGGCACUUUCCCUGGAACUUCAGAUGGGUUCUUGGGUCCAGUCAGGGGGACUAAGGAGAAUUAUAAAUUUGCAUGAUUAGAAUGGCUAACUUGGCAACUCAUGAUUGCUCCUUUCAUUUCGCUACAGAAAUAAAUUUUUAUGCACCUGAGAAUUUUGAUUACAUUAUUAUUAAUAUUUUUG